AUGUCUAAUUGGGCGCUGCUCCAAAAGGAUUUGGAAGCACUCGGCCAACUAAUAACUUUGGGAGAAGAUCAUGCGGCACAGCAGAGCUUAAUUGAGGCUAUCAAGGCGAGAGUAAAUGAGGCGGCUAAAGUGGGCCAAACAGCGAGCGACGGUGCGGACUGGAAGAAGGUGGAGCCGUCGAAGGGAACUGAAGCGGAGAAGGUGGGAGAGGAAGCCAAGAAUAAUGAUGCGCCUCCGUUAAAGUCAGCGGCGGCGGCUGCCGCCGCAACUGCUGUGGCAGCUGCUGGAAAAGCUGCAGCCGAGCCGAGUGCUUCACCGACAGCGGUGGCAGCGGCGCCAGUGAAUCCCAUGAGGGCACUAUUGGCGUCGAUCAGUAUGGGCAAGCAAGUGGAAGGUCGGGCCAAGGCGCCUCCUCCAACUGGAGAGGCUGUAAUUCGUAGUAAAAAGCCUCCUUUAAAAAGGGGUGGGGUAGCCAAGUGCCCAGGUCCAAGUCGAUUGGAAGACCGGGUGGUUAGUCCGGAGUUGAUACCGGCAGUUAAGCCACCGGAUAACGGGACGCCUAAGCCCAUCAAUUGGUUCGGCAUUCCGAAGACAAAGGUUGAGGGCACGAUCUGGGAACGAAUGCAUGAACCCCCGAUCACACUGCAUCCCAAGUAUGAGCAGUUAAAUGACACCUUCUUCGAGAUGGAGGACCGCAAGGGUUCGGAGAUAUUAGCGUGUAAGGCGCAAGAAGAGAAGCCCAAAAAAAAAUCAGUUUUGCAUGGGGACACAAGACGAGUCCAAGGUAUCGAAAUUGCUAUCAAGGGUUUGGGUCUGGUUGAUGACUUCAGUGUUAUUCGUAGAGCAUUGUCGGAGUUGAAUCUGCACCCCAAGCCUGUGCAAGAUACCCCUCAGUCACCCAGCGAUGGGAGUGGGAUCGUGCACGACUCGACAUGGUCACUUUCCGCAUACAAGGUAGAGCGCUUGCUGAGUAUCUAUCCCAGUGCGGAUGAGGUACCUAAACUUUAUCAACUGCGUACUGAGAAUGAUAUUAGUAAUAUAGCUCCUGCAGAUCGCUUCCUUCUUACCUUACUUGACAUACCCAGAUUUCAGGAAACCACUAGAAGCAUUUUGGACUACUAUUCUUUCGAACGGUUUGAAAGCACUGUGCCAACAAAGCUACUUAAAUUUAAAACUGUGUGCAGUUGUUUGCUAGCCUCCUUGGAUCGUAAAGCUGGCGCUCUUUACUCGGUGCUUUCCCUGAUUAUUCGGGUAGGUAAUUAUGUCAAUUAUAAAACCAAGAGACCACUCGUAUGGGGUAUCCAGAUAAAUUCAGUUGAGUCUCUGAAGACUAUUAAGAGUGUCGAUCAAAAAAAAACACUUCUGAGAGUCAUUGCAGAACAUAUACAAGAACAAUCCAAGUCAAUAUGGGAGGAAUUAGACCCUCUUCCUUCCUGCAUCGAACAAUCAGAAGUUGCCCUGGACGAUGUAGAAAAACAAAUUGGGGAGUAUAAGAAAGCUCUGACUCAUAUCGAGAAUGAGCUUUCCUUCCAUGAUCAACAUAUCAAAACGUCCAGUAGCCGCCGCCCAGAACUUGUCAUGCAACCACUCAGCCGUGUCAUGCAACCCGUCCACGUGGCUGGUUCUAAUCCAGGCUCUAAUAAUUCAAGCUGCAACUCCAAUUCGACUGCCGCCGGUAGCGCCGUAGCCGCAGACACUUACGCGGCUCCCCCCAUGUCGCCCGUUACUACGAGUCAUUCUGUCGCCAGCCAUCUUACUAACCGCAUGACAGCCAGGUUUGGUGGCCCCUCCGGCGAAGGCGUCCAGAGCAUCUCUGGGACCAUCUCGGGUGGCAUGACCUGUGGAAUUACUGCCACCAAUGGUACUGUCACCACCCCCGCUAGUGCCCCCAAUGGUAAUGUUCCCGCCCCCAAUGGUAAUGUUUCCGCCCCCAAUGGUAAUGUUCCCGCCCCCAAUGGUAAUGUUCCCACCCCCAAUGGUAAUGUUCCCCGUACGGACAUCCCACUUGAGGCAAGUGCUGUAUUUCUCGACAAGUUCCUGCCGUUCGUGAGACGUGCCGGCGCUCAGUUGGAGGCGAUUGCGGCUUUGCUGAAGGAAUGCGAAGAGUUGUUGGCGGAGAUCGUCGUUAAGUUUGGAGACGUAGGCAAUACCAGAACGAGUGCGGAACGGUUGGUCUACCUCAAGAAGAUCGGGUUGUUUGCGAAAGACCUUUUGGCGGCGUAUCGGGAAUUAUGUUUUGAAAGGGAGUCAGAACGAAAGCGUGAGGAGCGUGAGAAGAUCAAGGCCUCUACACCAAAUCGUCGUGCCGUUUCGAGACAUAUAUCCUCCCGUAAGGCAGUUGACGAGGACCACGAAGCGCCUGGACGUCGCUUGGCCCACGUCGCGAGCCGCCUGUCUAAAACACCUACUCGCAAGGCAGAUGACCAUGACCCAGAUACCAGGCGACAUCGGGAAUUCCUGGAUAGACGCUCAGAUGACAUCGGCAUGGACCCCGGACUGCGUAGGCUCCUUGACGCCAGACUCGAAGGCGGAGUCUCAUCAAGACUAGCAGAAGGCAGAGUGGAUGCCAGGCUCGGAGAACCGAGAAUCGGGGUCGAGAGCAGACUCGGAGCCGACGGCAGGCUGGGAGUCGAUGGUAGACUCGGUGUCGACGGCAGGCUCGGAGUCGAUGGCAGACUCGGUGUGGAAGGCAGACUCGGUGUCGAAGGCAGACUCGGUGUUGACGGCAGACUCGGAGCAACAGAGGGCAGGCUCGGAGCAACAGAAAGCAGACUCGGAGCAGAGGGCAGACUGUACGAGAGCAGGUUAGCGAACGAGGGGAGGAUAGCGAAUGAGGGCAGGGGGAUGACGAACGAAAGUCGCUACGACGCGGGGCGGUAUGAGGCGUCGCUGAACCGACAUCAUACUGAUCGCCUCGAGGGGCGGCUUGUGGACACUCCGAGUCGACUGGGGGAGUCAAGUCGUUUCGAGGCGUCUCGGUCGGGUGGAGGCUAUGGAUCCUGCUUCGUGGCGUUCCUACGAUUCGAACCCGCGAUAUUUUACGCAGCUGGAUUCUCCGGCACCUUCCGUGGAGUCGAUGCCGCGAUAUAA